AUGGUCUACUGCACUGGCGCAUCGCGGUGGGGAGCUGGCGUGGCGCGGUGCCCCCGAGCUCGAGAGGGGGCGCAGGAUGCGGGCCACUACUCGGAGCGCAUGAGGUACUCCGCGGCCCACGAGGCCGUCCCCAAGCCAUGGGAUUCCGCCGUGAAGUGCCCCGUCAGCGGCGGUGUGACCGCCUCCCCGCAGGACUCCGAGAUCCCGAAGGCCCCUUUUCCUGAGGUCCCAAAGUCGGAGUUCGGCGGCGACUGGUCCCUCGUGAUGUCCCAGAAGAGGUCCCGCACGGAGGUUCAGGUGGUUCUGGAAGCUAGGGCUCUGGUGCUGACGGUGAAACAUGUCGCUCGGAACAUCUCGAACUUUGGCCACGAGCAUCUGAUCCUGAAUGACAGUAUGGCCCCCAUCCUUGCCGUCACGAAGGAUCGCUCGCCUAGCCCUGGCAUGCUUCAGUGUUGCCGCCAGAUCGCUGCCCUCCACCUCGGCUCCAACUAUUACGUGGGCUGGAGGUGGGUCCCGUCCGAGCUCAACGCAGCCGAUGCCGCUUCUCGAGGUCGCGUCGGCGCUGUUCGUUUCGAUGCUGCGCCGACUCCAGUUGCAGCGUUCGGCCCCGACCGGCUCAGGGUCCUCCGCGAUGGCUUCUGCGGUGCCGAGCGCGGCGACGUGCCAGGUCGAGGCCGCGCCGCGAGGGGGUGCCCCGCGGACCCGACGCCCAGGGCCAGAGGGCGGCCAGGAGGACUCGGGCAUUCCCCACGGCCGUGGGUGCCCCGAUGGCUGCAGAGCGUCCGUCAGACGUCAUUCCUCGAGCUGCAGAGCAUCGCGCCGAAGGCCGCCUUGGACCACCGCGCGUACGUGAGCGCCUUCCACGAGAGGUGCAAGGAGCGUGGCUUGGUCGAGGACUUCGACAGGUUCCUGACGUCGCGCGAGAAGUUCUUCGCGGGCAAGCUUGCAUGCGCGCCGAGGAAGCUGAUGGCGGGGCUCCGAUAUUCUUGGACGUUCCAGUUCGGAGCCACUCUCGAGCCCCCUCGCAGCACGCGGGGGCUGACGGGCUGGAAGCACAUGGUGCCAGCUCAGAGCCGCCGGCCAUGCCCUUGGGUGGGCCUGCGCCUGUGCGCGCAGCGCAUGAUCGGCGCAGGUCAGGUCCUGGAGGCCAUGGCGAGCAUCAUCGCCUUCACGUUCUACUUUCGCCCGAGAGAGCGCCUCCGCCUGAAGGGCCAGCCCAUCGCCGCCCCGGCCUCCUCUCGCGGCGGCCAGCCGACGGAGGCAGGGGCGCUGCGGUCGAUCCUCCUUCGCCCGCAGGAGGGCGCGGACACGUCCAAGACGGGCAAGGCCAAGACCCCCAGCGACGCGCUGGUGUUCCCCUUCGGCCAGGCGCAGUGGACUCGUGCCUUGAAGGCCGCGGCCCUCGCCGGCAACUUGUCUUUGCUCGGCGAGUUCAGUCUGUGUCGUCUCCGCCACGGGGGCGUCUCGCACGACCUACUGUUCAAGGUUCGGUCUCUGUUCGGCGCCAAGAAGAGAGGGCACUGGGCGAGCGGCCGCAGCCUGGCCCGCUACGAGCGCGGCGGUCGCAUCAACGAGCAGCUUAGCCUCCUCGACCUCCGCGCGCUGCCGAGCUG